GCGGGCGGCAGCCGGAUAAAAGGGCCCCCAGGCGCCCAGGAGGCCGGUUAGCGCUGCUUGGCCGCGGAGUCCAGGUCCCAGCCCUGCAACUUCGCGCUCCAGCCGGUGAGCCCCUGCCUGGUGCCUGGCCAGGUGCCUUGACUCCAGCUGCCCUUGAAGUCACCCUAAUGUGGUUCCUACCAGCCGCCCUCCCCCUGCUCCCGUUGCUCCUGCUGCUGGGCCAGGCCCCUCCCAGCAGGCCACAGUCACUGGGCACCAUGAAGCUCCGGCUGGUGGGUCCCGGCAGCAGGCCGGAGGAGGGCCGCCUGGAGGUGCUGCACCAGGGUCAGUGGGGCACCGUGUGUGAUGACGACUUCGCGCUUCAGGAGGCCACAGUGGCCUGCCGCCAGCUAGGCUUUGAGGGUGCCUUGACCUGGGCCCACAGCGCCAAGUAUGGCUCAGGGGAGGGACCCAUCUGGCUGGACAAUGUGCACUGUGUGGGCACAGAGAGCUCCCUGGACCAGUGCGGGUCUAACGGCUGGGGUGUCAGUGACUGCACUCACUCAGAGGACGUCGGAGUGGUAUGCAAUCCCCAGCGCCAGCGCCAGCGUGGCUACAGUUCUGAGAGGGUCUCCAAUGCCCUCGGGCCCCAGGACCGGCGGCUGGAGGAGGUGCGGCUCAAGGCCAUCCUCGCCAGCGCCAAGCGGCAGAGCCCGGUGACCGAGGGAGCCGUGGAGGUGAAGUACGAGGGCCACUGGCGGCAGGUGUGUGACCAGGGCUGGACCAAGAACAACAGCAGGGUGGUGUGCGGCAUGCUGGGCUUCCCGAGCGAGGCACCUGUCGACAGCCACUACUACAGGAAAGCCUGGGAUUCAAAGAUGAAGGACCCCAACUCUAGACUGAAGAGCCUAACGAAGAAGAAUUCCUUCUGGAUCCACCGUGUCAACUGCCUGGGCACAGAGCCCCACAUGGCCAACUGCCAGGUGCAGGUGGCACCAGCCCAGGGCAAGCUGCGGCCGGCCUGCCCGGGUGGCAUGCAUGCUGUGGUCAGCUGUGUGGCAGGGCCCCGCUUCCGUCCUCCGAAGGCGAAGCCAGGGCGCAAGGAGUCCAGGACAGAGGAGAUGAAGGUGCGCCUCCGCUCAGGGGCCCAGGUGGGCGAGGGCCGGGUGGAGGUGCUCAUGAACCGCCAGUGGGGCACCGUCUGUGACCACGGAUGGAACCUCAUCUCCGCCAGCGUCGUGUGCCGCCAACUCGGCUUCGGCUCUGCUCGGGAGGCCCUCUUUGGGGCCCAGCUGGGCCAGGCUCUGGGGCCCAUCCACCUGAGUGAAGUUCGCUGCAGGGGAUAUGAGCAGACCCUCAGCGAUUGCCCUUCCCUGGAAGGCUCCCAGAAUGGUUGCCAACAUGACAAUGAUGCUGCCGUGAGAUGCAACAUCCCUAACAUGGGCUUCCAGGACCAGGUGCGCCUGGCUGGUGGGCGCAGCCCCGAGGAGGGGGUGGUGGAGGUGCAGGUGGAGGUGAACGGCGUCCAGCGCUGGGGGGCCGUGUGCAGUGACCACUGGGGCCUCAGCGAAGCCAUGGUGGCCUGUCGACAGCUUGGCCUGGGUUUUGCCAGCCAUGCCAUCAAGGACACCUGGUACUGGCAGGGGACGCCGGGAGCCAGAGAAGUGGUCAUGAGCGGGGUGCGUUGCUCAGGCACAGAGCUGGCCCUGCAGCAGUGUCAGAGGCACGGGCCAGUGCACUGCUCCCACGGCACGGGGCGCUUCUCAGCCGGAGUCUCCUGCACAGACAGUGCCCCGGACCUCGUGAUGAACGCCCAGCUGGUGCAGGAGACGGCCUACCUGGAGGACCGCCCGCUCAGCCUGCUGUACUGCGCCCACGAGGAGAACUGCCUGUCUCAGUCCGCGGACCGCAUGGACUGGCCCUACGGACACCGGCGUCUGCUGCGCUUCUCCUCACAGAUCCACAACCUGGGCCGGGCCGACUUCCGUCCCAAGACGGGGCGCCACAGCUGGACUUGGCACCAGUGCCACAGGCACUACCACAGCAUUGAGGUCUUCACCCACUACGACCUCCUCACUCUCAAUGGCUCCAAGGUGGCCGAGGGGCACAAGGCCAGCUUCUGCCUAGAGGACACAAAUUGCCCCACAGGACUGCAAAGGCGCUAUGCGUGUGCCAACUUUGGGGAACAGGGAGUGACCGUUGGCUGCUGGGACACCUACCGACAUGACAUUGAUUGCCAGUGGGUGGAUAUCACAGACGUGGGCCCUGGGGAUUACAUCUUCCAGGUGGUCGUGAACCCCAAGUUCGAGGUGGCAGAGUCAGAUUUCUCAAACAACAUGAUGCGGUGCCGCUGCAAGUACGACGGGCAACGGGUCUGGCUGCACAACUGCCACACAGGGGACUCAUACCGAGCUAACACGGAGCUGAACCAGGAGCAGGAGCAGCGUCUCAGGAACAACCUCAUCUGAAGCCGUCACCGCACGCUCCCAGCUGCUGCCCACACACCAGAUACCUCAGCUUACUGGAGCCAUGCCCUUCACCGAGCCCUGACGCAAAGGGAAAGGGGCCAGCGCCAAGAGGCACCAGGAACCCGCUCAGGAAGCCUUUAGAUGGCAAGAUCACCAAACCAGAAUGGCACCGCUCCCUCAGGAUGGCUCUGGGUCUGAUUCCUGGGGGCCUCUGGUCUCUAGACUAUGGCCUCCAGGCUUUGUUCAGCUGAGCUCCUCUCGUCUAAGGAGACCUGGUCUUCCCAGGAUCUUGCUCUUGAGCUCCUGGUUCAGGAGGUACCAGUUCCUUAGGAAUGGACUGUGGCCUGGCUCCCCAUCUAAAUGGUGCUUUGCAGAUGUCUCAGAGGAGGGCCAAAAUACAAGAGGAGGAGUCAGCUCUCUGCUAGGAGCUCUGAGUGACACAACUUGUGUCAAAGUCACACCUGGCAGAGAAUCUGGUGAACUGAGUCCCUUGCUUGAUCUGUCCACACUUACAACUCAGCUGUCAUGCUCUUCAAGAGUCUGUUCUUCAGUGUCCUUACCUUUAUCCUCCUGCACAUAUGGGCUGUUUCUAAUGUCCUUGGAGGCUUAGGCCUUAGGCAUCCCCUUAUCUCCUGAUGGGCCCAAAUCACCAGUUCCUGAGUGCUUGAGACAGGGCAGGAUUCACAGAAGUGGCCAGAUACAGCCUUCCUGCAGAGCAGCAAGAGAAGGCCCAAAAGAAAGAUGACUGGGGCAACGUAGACCCCAGCUGCUGCCAGGGUCUCUGCCAGGGAAAAAUACUUGUCAUAAAUCCAGCAAGCGAGAUCACUGUGCAUCUCAGGACUGGCCUAAAUGUCGAGUCCCCCAGGUUUCGGGACUGAACUUUCCAUUGAAUAAAUUUUUGAAGUGGAACGAACAUCUGUCAAACAGGCCACUCAUCUCUGCAGGAAAAAGAAGACAGGUCUAGUAGAGUGAAGACUAGGCUAUGGAGAAGUCAGAAGGGGGGAGAUUUAAUUUAGUUAAGGAUUAAACCUAGGGAAGGCCACCAUCUCUGCUCGAUGUGGCUGUGAUAUGCUCUUGCUCAGGUGAGGUUAAGAUCUAUGAUCUUCUUGGACAUGAUUCUUAAUCCUGUCUCCACUUGGACACACUUGAGAGAUGAUCUUCACAGGUCUGACGCCCUCAUGCCAAUAAAGGUUGCUCACUAUGGACUGCUACAAA